CUCUCGCAGAUUGUUGUACAUUUCUUUUAUUAAUUUAAUAAAACAAUUUGUUGUAAUUAAUGUAAAUAUAGUUAAUAAUUAGUAGAUAAUUUAACUUUGUUACAAUAAAUAUGGAUCUUCAUCGCCCCGUUGAUCCUAAUAAGACGUAUGAAGAAAUGACAUCAGAAGAGAAAUUAAGGUAUGACCACCAGAGAUUACACGAGAUGCAUCGUGGCCAUGAGUCUAUGCACACCACAAUGGUACUGAUACUGAUUGCGACAGUCAUCCUCGCUCAAGUCAUUGUUGUGGAAUGGAAGAAGAGGCAUUAUAGGUCUUAUGCUUUCUUCACAAUGAUGGCAAUGUGGUCAAUACCAGUGGUUCUGAGCGCCAGAAAUCACUGGUGGAGGUUUAUUAUCAUAUGGUCUAUAUUUACACUUCUCACUGCUCUUGUUAUUAGGAAAUCGACACAUAGACCAAUGUCCGUUACGACACCAAGAUUAGUAUACAAAUGGUUCUACCUCAUAUACAAAGCGAGCUGUUUCUUCGGCGUGGUCGGUUAUGUGCUCAUGAUGCUAACAUUCCUCGGGUUGAACAUACUCUUAGGGUACAAACCUCAACAGUGGAUGGACGUAGCUCUCAUGUUGCUUUUCUACGGGUUGUACUUUGGUGUAUUAGGCCGGGAUGUUGCCGAGUAUUGUACAGACAAAAUGGCCGCUACGAUUGGGUACUACACUCAAGAAGGCAUGCCGACUCGGCAACUCGAGAGCGACGUGUGCGCAGUCUGCGGCAACAAAUUACUUGUUGACGUUAAUGAAGAAGGUGUUUUAGAGAAUACAUACAAAUUGACGUGUGGUCACGUGUUCCACGAGUACUGUAUACGCGGCUGGUGCAUCGUCGGCAAGAAGCAGAUGUGUCCGUAUUGUAAAGAGAAAGUUGAUCUCAAACGGAUGUUCACUAACCCCUGGGACCGACCCCAUAUCUUGUACGGGCAGCUAUUGGACUGGAUCCGAUGGUUGGUUGCGUGGCAACCCCUCAUCUUGUUCCUCGCUCAAGGUAUCAACUGGCUCUUCGGACUAGAAUGAGAAUAGCUAUACUUGAGAAUUGUUGUGUUUUGUAUAUGUUACCGAGUGAUUUGUAGAUCAAACAUACGACUGAGAUGUGAUAACUGUAAGUUCUAUAGAUCAUUUUCUAAAAUUCCUUACGCCCCUUUUUUCAUAAAAAGGAAAUCUAUAAACUUAUUUUAACUAUUAUAAAAAUAAUAUUCAUUUAUUCAGCAUAGCAUAAUACAGAAUGAAAAUAUAGAAAAACUUAGAAGCUAAUAUCGUGCUAUGAGCUAAAAACGCCUCCAUUCAGCUGGUGCCUCAGAGUGGGUUAUAGUUAUCACUUUCUUCCAAAUUAAGAAAAUCUCUUGAAAGAAAAGGAUAGGUAGAAUUCUUUAUUUGCAUUAUACAGUAAUGAAAAAGCAGAAAUAAUAAAGAUGUACCUGUUUAAUAGUUGAAAUAAUUUUAUUAGAUGAUGACUAGUGUAACAUACAAUAAUAUUUAAUAAAAAAUAAUAGGCAAAAAAGAGGAAACAUAAAUAUAAUAAGUUAGCAGCUAUUAUAUAAUCUAAAAGCAGAUCCUUACUUUACUUAGUAAUAUAUUAGUAUGACUAUAUUAUUUAUUUUACUGCCAGUUAAGAUCUAAAAGGCUGCUGAUACACAUACGGUUAUCAAUAUGGCUAGACUAGUGCUUAUUGGAUUCCAUCAAACUUUUAUCACAUUCGAGGCACAACCAACUGUAUAUCACCAGCCUAACAGAGCUGUCCAAAACGAGCUACAUGGGUUGGCGGCUUAUUUGUACGGUUCGCGGACUCGCCUGUUGU